CUGCUCGGGUCUUUCUUGGAUGGGUCUGUGGUGGAGUUUGGCUGGGCUUGCUGUGGUGCUCGGCUGGGUCUGUUGUCCGUUGGAGGACUUGUGGCGCCCAGGGUAGGUUUUCUGUGGUGUUUAGAUAGGUUCGCGGACGUCUCUGGCGGGGAGGCUCCUGCGGUUUUUAGGUGA